AUGACCGAUGCCAAGCUGCGAGACGGAGCCAUCUGCCCUUGCGCCCCAGAACAGGAAGCGAAUAUGUGCACCCGACAUACCGCACUACUGAAGACCAAACCCUUCUCUGAACUCCCCAACUUCACCUGGAGUAAUCUGCCCCAGGUGCCUCAAGAUUCAGUCUUCCAGCAAAGUGAACGAGGAAUGCCAGCCCAGAGUCGUCAAGCUCUUGUGUUCCAGCCAAGUGAUCAACAAUUUUUGACUCCUCGUGCUCUGCAACCGCGAACUCGCCAAGGAGGGUUUCCAGCCCAGAAUCGCCAAGCUCUUGCAUUCCAGCCAAGUGGUCAGCAGGUUUUGACUCCACGUGCUCUGCGACCGCGAACUCAACAAGGGAUUCCAGUCCAGAAUUCUCAAGAUGUUGAGUUCCGGCCAAGUGAUCUGCAGGUUUUACCUCGAGCUCCGGAACAGCAAACUCAACAGUUUUCUCAGGCUCUUCUGCCCAAGCAGCCAGUGGUGCAGGCAGAGCCUCUUGACAAGUGUGCUGUUGCUGAUUAUGAGCAGAUCCAAUGUGGACCACCUGGUAUCAGUGCUGCUGAGUGUGAAGCCAUAAACUGCUGCUUUAAUGGACGGCAGUGUUACUAUGGGAAAGUGGUGACCGUCCAGUGUAUUAGAGAUGGCCAGUUUGUGGUUGUGGUGGCUAGAGAUGUUACACUGCCUUCACUAAGUCUGGAUACAGUCCGUCUGUUGGGUGGAAAUGACCCACCUUGUGCUCCAGUUGGGUCCACACCUUCCUUUGCCAUUUACCAAUUCCCUGUCACAGCUUGUGGCACAAGCAUGAUGGAGGACAAUGGAUAUGUGGUGUAUGAGAACAGAAUGACUUCAUCCUAUGAAGUGGGGAUUGGACCACUUGGUUCCAUCACAAGGGACAGUCACUUUGAGCUUCUCUUCCAGUGUAGGUAUUCUGGCACUGCUGUUCAAGCUCUGGUUGUGGAGGUCAACACCGUUCCUCCACCUCCACCUGUAGCUGCUCCUGGACCCCUCAGAGUGGAGCUUCGCCUGGCAAAUGGACAAUGUGUCACAAAAGGAUGUGCAGAAGAGGAUGCUGCAUACACGUCCUACUACAGAGAUGCUGAUUACCCAGUCACAAAAGUCCUACGACAACCUGUGUAUGUUGAGGUGCACCUUUUGGAGAGGACUGACCCCAAUAUUGUCCUGAUGCUGGGACAUUGCUGGGCGACAUCAUCCCCUGAUUCCCUCAGCCUGCCUCAGUGGGACCUUCUAGUUAAUGGAUGCCCUUACCAGGAUGAUCGUUACCUCACCACACCGGUUCCUGUGGAUGGCUCCUCUGGUCUUCAGUUCCCAACCCAUUACAAGCGCUUUAUUGUGAAGAUGUUCACGUUUGUGGAUCCAGCAUCACUAGCUCCACUGCAGGAAACGGUCUUCAUCCACUGUAGUACAUCGGUGUGCCAUCCCUCUUCCACUGGCUCCUGUGAGCAGAGCUGCACCAGGCAAAGAAGGAAUGUCCAUGUUAAGACUCGCUACAGUAAGGAAGCUGUGGUUUCUAGUGGUGAAAUUAACUUUGUUCUGUGA